AUGGCCGAUGAAGACAAGGAAAAGGCUGAGAAGCUGGCAGCUGCAAAGAAGCGGUUCGAGCAGCUAAAGAAAGAGCAAGCGAAGAAGGGCAAGAAGGGAAGCAAGAAAAAGGCCGACAAGGCGGACGAGGCCAAAGCUGAAGAAGCUGUCGAUGAUGCGAACGAAGAGGCAGCCAGCGCCAAUGCCAAAGCAGACGAAAAUGACAACGAUGGCGAGGUAGAGACCGAAGCGGCCCACGAUGUAUCGGAGCCAUCACAGUCGAAACAACGAUCCGAGUCCUUCAGACAGGCCACGUCACAGACUGCGCGCGUUGAAGAGCUAGAGAAGGAGAACAAGGCAUUGAAAGAGCAGCACGAGCAAGAAUCGACUCGACUGACGAAGGCUGAGGACGAGCUGGACAGUUUGCGCGAAGGGAACAGUAAGUUGGCUGAGCUGCGCAGCAAGGCCAAGGAGGCAGACAGCCUGAAGACCGAGCUGGCGGCGGUGCAAAGACAGCUGUCGCAAGCACAGCAAGCUGCCAAGGGACCGGCGAGGCGACAAUCAGGAGCCACGCCGGAUAUCAGCGAACAGCUCGCGAGCAAGACGUCCACGAUCGAGUCCCUGGAGCUUGACAUGAGCAACCUACGUAAUAAGAUAACCACCCUGGAAACGACCAUCUCUGAGCGAGACGCUUCGAUCAAAGACCUUGGAGACCGUGUUGAAGCCUCUGAUGCUGCUACUGAUUCGGCGAAGAAAGAGCUCGAUGCUCUCAAGGUCUCCAUUGCCUUCCCGAGUGAUGAGACCAAGGCCGCGAACGAGGAUCCAGAGGCUCUCACAAAGCGUAUUACUGUACUGGAGUCGGAUCUCAGAUCCGCCAACUCGAACCUUGAAGCUGCAGCUCAGCGAGCCUCAAGUCUCGAGCAGAAGAUUGAGGCGCUGACAAAGUUGCACAAAGAGACGACAGCAGCAUCGCAGGGUAAAGACAAGGAACUAAACGACCUCCGCUCCCAACUCAAACACCGCUCGCGCCCGUCUCACGUCCACGACACUUCCGACUUCGACCUCGCUGAAGAAGAAACCGAGACUGGCGCUCUGGCAGCUCGAGUACGCGCUCUUGAAGCCGAGAAUUUCGACCUCCGCCGCGGAGUCUGGCGCGACCAACGCGCCGCCCUCCAACCUGGCAUGGAAGAUCGGGACCCCGGCAGUGUCAAUUACGAAGACGUCGACCUGAAUGGUCCCUACAGCCCGGGCGGCGGGCAUAGAGGCGGUCUGCCACGCCAGACAAGUACCUUCCAAGACGUGAUCACGUCUGGAAUUAGUGCUUUUACUGGGCGGGCGAGAGAGACUGUGGCGCCGAGGGACCGGGCGGAGAGUAUGGGGCUCAUGAGUGACGACGAUGGGUUUGAUGAGGAGGCUUUUAGACUGGCGCAGGAAGAAGAGGCGAAGAGGAGGAUAGAGAGGAUUAAGGAGGUGAAGAGGGGCCUGGAUCAGUGGAAGGGAUGGAGGGUGGACACUGCUGAUAUGAGGCGGAAUGGACUCGGGCCUGGGAGGGACGUCGGACCUGUGUUUGAGGUAUAG